AUGCUUGCCCUCCAGACCCUCGAGGGGCCGGCCGGUCUUCCACCGCCAGGCCAAGCCAGCGCCCUUGGCCUCGCCGAUAUGGGUGAAAACCGCAAUCAGAAGCCCAAGACAUUGCCUUGCAAGUACUGUAGCAAGCGAUUCAGACGCGUUGAACAUGUCCAAAGACAUGAAAGGACACAUACCAAAGAGAAGCCCUUUGCCUGCGGCUGGGAUCGAUGUGGGAAGACCUUUGGACGACGAGAUCUCCUCGUCCGGCAUGAGAAGCUCGUUCACCUCAACGAAGGCCAUAAGGAUGCCACCCGACCAAGGAAGCUCUCUGGGGCCUCUAUGCACAAGCCAUCUCUUUCAGAUAGCCAUGUUGAGCUCGAUGUCAUGGGCAUUCACCGGCUGCGGCCACCUCCACCACCUCCACCGGCUACUGCCACGCUGCUGCCUCCACAGCCAUCGCCGCCUCAGCAGCAUCAGACUCAGGCACCUCCGCCCCCAUUUCACCAUGAGCCCAUGACUCCAAAUGCCGGAGGCCAUCUCGUCCAACAGGAUCCUCAAGCGGCAGCAAGAACUGCGGCAUGCAACCUGGAUCUCCUUUCCGAUGCAGCACUCGCUAGUGAAGUAAAUACUAUGCAGCCUAUGCUGAACAACAUGCCCCAACAGCCUCCUACGCACGCAAGAGUCAAAAGUUAUCCAGAUAACAUGGAAGGGUAUGCGGAGCGCGCACGAGUAGAUGCACCGAUUCUUACCGCUGGAUUUGCUCCCCAACCUCCACAGCCGUCCUAUGAUGACUACAACCUGUUCCUUGACGAUUACACAACGCCCCAGCAUUUCCUCCCUCCACACUUUGAGCCUGAUCAGCAGAUGAAUUUUUUCGCGCGCUCUCCUGCUGCGUUUCAGCGUGGCAAUUCAAAGCCCAAUUCACAGCUACCCUCUCGCUUUGGGUCUCUUGCUCCUGAUGUACAAGAUCCCUCUCGACUGCACGAAGAGGCAUCUCGAUCCCCUCUUCGCAUCUCCGUGGUGGACCAUACUGCCAUCAAGAAUCGCUUGGAAGAAUUUUCGUCUGUUCUGCCGGCUGAUUUUGUAUUUCCUUCUCGACAUACUCUGACACGAUUCUUGGACGGAUAUAUUGGCGGUUUUCAUGAACAGAUUCCCUUCUUGCAUCUGCCUACGCUGUCCCCCACCGAGCUGGCCCCAGAGCUACUUCUCGCUAUUUUAGCCGUUGGUGCCCAAUACAGGUUCGAGAGCAAGAGGGGCUAUGCUCUGUGGUAUGCUGCCAAGGCAGUCUCCAUGGAGCAGAUACGGAGGCGACACAGCUCGGAAAUUCAUGCGCUUUUGCCAAACGCAUCAUCUUACAGUCCUCACUCGACACGUCCUUCUCCUAGCACUAGUUACAGGCAUUCUUUUGCUUCAGCUCAGUCAGAGAGGCCAAUAACUCAAGAUACACACCGAGAACCUUAUUCUCCAAAUACGCCCCAGUCACGGCUGGAAACUAUCCAGGCCGUCUUGCUUCUCUUCUCGCUGGGCCUUUGGGGAGCUAAGACAAUCUUGAAUGAAGCACUGUCCCUGCAGAGUACUUUGGCUAUCCUGAUUCGAGAGGAGGGCCUCACCGAGAACAUAAGCCAAGCGAGUGUCACGGACUGGGAAUCGUGGAUUAGACGUGAAGGAGCGACGAGAACCAAACUUAUUGCAUAUUCCUUCUUCAACCUUUGCAGCAUUGCAUAUGAUUUGCCACCUCUUCUGGUUACAUCGGAGCUCAAGCUUUCCUUGCCUCUUCCUGCUAGGCUGUGGAGAGCAGAGACUGCCUGGCAAUGGCAAGAACUGCGACAGUCGACGCCAUUGGUUGAGAUCACCGUUCAUGAGGCUAUCGCUCGACUUUUCGGCCGAACUAACCAGGGACUCCCUAAUCAUUUAUCUUCGCUGGGUUUCUAUGUCCUCAUCCACGCACUGAUUCAGCACAUUUAUUUUCUGAAGCAGACUUCGCUAGCUGCUGGUUUACCUUUUGAGACCCAGCGUACCUUGAAGGUAGAGGAUGUGGAUGAGGUCACGGGCGCGUUGCGAGUGUGGCACAACACCGUUGAGCAGCAUCACUACCUGCUUGCAACAGGCUCAGGGCCCUUUGCUAGCACAGACUUUGCCCCUGGUGGCCUAUUGGCAUACAACGCGACAGCGCUGUUGCGCCUUGCAUAUAUUCGUUUGUAUACUGAUACGCCACUAAGCAGAGAGCUGCAGUCAAGGGACUCGAUGCUCAUGGCAUCGGCCAUGAUUUCAACUCCAAUGGUUGUGCGCAGCAUUCGACUUCACGGAGCAGUAUUUCAAGCUGUUCAUGCACUGUCUAUGCUAGUCAAGGCUGGAGUGAAUUAUGUCGCGAGGACGAAGUCUACCGAAUGGAGCAUCCAGCAUUCAUUGUGUAACUUUGAGUGCGCUCUGCUUCUUGCCAAGUGGCUCUUGACCCUAGCGUCACUUACACCGUCUGAUGCUCCUGUUACUCUCGACGAGAAGAAUCUCUUGGAAACAGUGAGCAGGAUGCUUGACGAAACUGAGUUUGCUGUUCCAGUUGAUCCAUCUCUGGCCGGAAUGAACGCAAACCCGCAGAUGGAAGCAACAACAGGCCCCAUGAAGCUGAGACAGCUGGCAAGUGCAGUAGUGCGGCUCUGGGCAGAGACGUUCAAGGGCACUCACAUCUUUGAUAUGAUUAAGACGAUGGGUGCCAGCCUGGACGGGUAUGCUGAUUUGGUGGACAAGCCGAGAGAUCGCGUGUCCAUGGCGUCCAAUGCAACUAUGAACUGAGGCUGAAAACAAAAAUCACAUCAGAUUCGCCAGACGACUUUUGGUUAAAGAUGUGUAGGGCAUGGAAGACUACAAGCAGUCUUGAACUAAAAACAACAGGCGUUAUUUGAGCACACAGGAUACCCUACUGGGGUAAAUAGCAUACCUGCGGCAAGAAAUGGCUUGCAGUAAAUGGAUGAACGGGACACGAAACGGGAAACUUUGUGAAUAGGAUACGGUUUAUAUUCUUUGGUCAAACUACGGUAUGGCAUGGCUUGGAUUAGUAUUUGGUUGGAUAUGAGUGGCAAGUUGAAUGGAAGCGUUUGGGUAUCGGGUAGGAGUGACGGGAUUUGUAUGUUUGGAACAGACAGCUUGCUAGGAACGAAUUGGCAAAAAAUACCCCUCUUUUACAUUA